UUAAAAGCCUUUGUAAAUAGGUGUUUUUUUUAGAUUAGGCAGAAUAUGUCUUAUUUUUACAUUAAAGAGUGAUAAAAACAUGACUGAUUAGGUAACAACCGCUGACUGUAAGACAGAACUCAGGGCAUACAUAUAUUUUGUCUCCUCAUGUGACUUUGUCGUAAACAGGAAGCAGCUGAUCUUGACUUCACUGCCUGUUUCUCUACCAACCCAUGUAUAGUACCACGGUAUCCUUAAGAAACAGAGCCUGUAGUCUGAGACUGCUUGAAUUCGAUCACCUGUUCUAGCCUGCUGCUGGGUUAAAGGAGAGGAAGAGGAGAGCUGCCGUGGACACACACUUAAAGUCAUCUGACUUGCAGCUCAGAGAAAUACUCCACAUCGUGUCUGCAAAGGGGGAUGUCCAGCACAGCAAUGAAGAAAAAGGUGUUACUGAUGGGUAAAAGCGGGUCUGGAAAGACCAGUAUGAGAUCAAUCAUCUUUGCCAACUACAUAGCUCGAGACACACGCCGCCUUGGAGCUACAAUUGACGUGGAGCACUCCCAUGUUCGAUUUCUUGGCAAUCUGGUUCUAAACCUGUGGGACUGUGGAGGACAGGACACGUUCAUGGAGAACUACUUCACCAGCCAGAGGGACAACAUUUUCAGAAACGUAGAGGUGCUUAUUUAUGUUUUUGACGUUGAGAGUCGAGAGCUGGAGAAAGACAUGCACUACUAUCAGUCGUGUCUGGAGGCCAUCCUGCAGAACUCUCCCGAUGCUAAAGUCUUCUGCCUCGUUCACAAAAUGGAUCUGGUGCAGGAGGACCAGAGAGAUUUGAUCUUUAAGGAACGUGAGGAAGAUCUGAGGAGACUGUCCAGACCCCUGGCCUGCACUUGCUUCAGGACAUCAAUCUGGGAUGAAACCCUCUAUAAGGCCUGGUCGAGUAUCGUGUACCAGCUGAUCCCGAAUGUCCAGCAGCUAGAGACGAACCUGAGAAAUUUUGCACAGAUCAUAGAGGCAGACGAAGUUCUUCUAUUUGAGAGGGCAACCUUCCUGGUGAUCUCCCACUAUCAGUGCAAAGAGCAGCGUGAUGCUCAUCGCUUUGAAAAGAUCAGUAACAUUAUCAAACAGUUCAAACUCAGCUGUAGUAAACUUGCAGCCUCCUUCCAAAGCAUGGAAGUGAGGAACUCCAACUUUGCCGCCUUCAUUGACGUCUUCACCUCCAACACAUAUGUCAUGGUCAUCAUGUCAGACCCCUCUAUUCCAUCUGCCGCCACUCUCAUCAACAUCCGCAAUGCUAGGAAACACUUUGAGAAGUUAGAGCGAGUGGAUGGACCCAAGCACAGCCUGCACAUGCGAAUGCGUUAGCUGGUGGAUCCUCUCAGCCAAUCAGUCCACAGACCACAGGCCACAUGUUGCAGUCUUUCAGCUCUGAUGCUGAGCAGCCCUGCACUGUUUCUUCUAUGUCUUCACGUUCAAUCACAGUUCUCUCUGGGCAGGAAUCACUUUCUUUUCUUUUCUUUUUUUUCUCAAAUUUCUACAGUGAUCAUAAGUAUCUUGAACAACAACACAUUCUGUUGAAAUAUUUGCCAUAGCCUGAUGCGUUGACGUAAAAAUGAAAAGUUGUGUUUUCUAUGGAAUAGGGGGGGAUAUCUUUGCUGUCACAUGUAUUGUCCUAUACAACAGAUUCCUUGGCUCUGUGCGGUGAAUCUGUGAUCAGGAGAUGUACGUCUCCAAGUGAUGAGCAGCAGAUACUGUUUGAUUUUCAAAUGCAGUUGUAAGCUGUAAACUUUGAAUGGAUGAAAAAUAUAGUUAUAUUCAGAAAAAACAUCA